UUUCGAGUUUCGCCGAGGCCAGUCAUGGAAAUCGACCCGUGAACAGACACGCGCGCGCUCAUUGAACCACUUUGAAGGCACAGUCAAGAGACUUCCAAUAUACCGCCAACGGAUCCCGGUGUGUGGAGCAGAGUGUGUAAUGUGUAAUAGAAGCUCAGCUGUCUCGGUCUUUUCGCGAUCCGACAGCGUGCAGGCCAGCAACAGCAGCAAUAACAACUAUAAAACAACUUUAACAAGAAAGCAUAACUUUAACAUUGAAGGCUAGUUGACGAUAGCUGAUAUACCUACUGAAGCAGAAUUUGCUUAUAUCUACGUGUGGGAGCCCCCAAGCGGAUGUAGCGAGAUAUUAUAUUGUUUUGAUAUGUCUUUUUGAUUGAGUUUGGGGCAUUUUAUGUAAAGCGAACGUGAACAUCUUCGGAUCCAGCUCGGAUAAUCUUAUCCGCGUUUUGAUGUCUGUCACAGUGUUCGUCCGAGUUUUGAGAUCGAUUAAAGCACGCAAAGAAUUCUAAAGCGCGGUCAAAACCAGUUUCCGAUCGAAAAGUGUUUGACCUAUAUUUUUGCGAGCUGCAUCGUUAGUAUGAUGUUGGGGGAGCUUUGAAAAGUGAUGGAAAAUCAUUGCCCGAAGGGAGAACCGUAAAAGGGCCGUGAUAGUGUGUCUAGUGCAGUUGGACAAAACCGGCAGAGUACGGAUACAGAGCACUGGCGUAGUGCAGUUCAAUGUGCUUGUAAUAGAAGGCUUCUCAAUUGCGUCUAUUGACUGAAACGAAGCCAAUACGCGUGAGACACCACGUUCUCUUUUAUUGAUGCUGGAACUUGGAAGGGCGGUGCAAGUGCCUACACACAUCGUAGGAGAGGAAGUGGACCGGCGACCAUACGGCAAGUAAAGCGAAGUUAGCUUGCAGGUCGUCUCGCGAAUUGCCGACACCACUGACGACGUUAUAAAGUGGGUUUCUGCGGUUGCUGGGCAGUUGGUAAAUCAUCAUCAUCCUCCGUACCUGCUUAUAACUUUUCGCGCGAUUGUGUCACGUUGCUGGGGAGACCUGUUUGUUCGUUUCCGUGCUGUCUUCCCGUUGACAGCCCCAGUCCAGCCAACAGCAGCGAUGUUCGUUAAACGCAACCAGGUGGUUGGAUAAUUGAAAUAAAUUUCUGGCAGUGGCAGUUACUGUUUCAGUACAUCAAAGCAAAAUUAGGGUUGCAAAAAAUUAAGGUGCAUACCGAAGUGAUAAAACAACAACUGGUGCCGCCGAGUUGUAAUAAAGUGGAAUGAAUUCCUCCUAUCUUUUUGUACCAAGUAGCACAGCACAGAGAAAAAGAGAAUAAAAUUGUUAAUAUGAUCAAGUGCCAAGUUUUUAAUUGAAGAAGUCAGAGCAGCGGAAAAAGUUGCACUUGAGUGACAUCGGGUUUCCCGGCGACGAUUGUUGAACAAGAUCACGGACCACGGACGACCGUCAAGGAAGGAGCUUAGCGCGAACAAAGUGUAAGACACCGGUGAAUACGGUGGCAGAAUCACUUAGUGUGGCAGUUGUGAGAAUUUCCAUUUCCUAGAGUGGAGUGGAGGUAGAGAGCACAAGAAAAAAAAGUGUAUUUGCACAGUCUUGAGCCGAGUGGGUGGAAGGUGCUUAUUCCGGUGGGUGGCGCAACUUGGAAGCGCGUAGGGUAGCAUAAAGGAAUCAAAAGUGUCUGAUACCGGCGAGUCCAGUGAAACGGAGCAACAACAGGCCGACCGAUGUAGUGAUAAUCAUCAGCCGCCAAUCUCACCGCCGUCGCCGUCGCCGUCGAUGGCAACUAUUGAUUCAGGUACAAAAUUGGAACCCACAUCAGCGGAAAAAAUGCAUCAUAUUGGCAUGGGAACGGCGGGACCUGUCGUAAUCAAUGUGCAACACGGAUUGCAGACCUUGCCAGGCAUCAGCCAUUGGAAAUGGAGGGGGCACUAUCGCACAGCAUGAUACCGACCAUGGACAGCGCCAAUACAGAUGCCGAUCGAAAAUGCGGCAGCUUAGACGUGAAUCUGGAUCGAAAGUUCCUAAACAAUAAUAAUACUACUAGCAUGAAAUGUUUGCAAUUCACCAGACCACCUGAUCCACCAACAGCACCUGCGUUACUUUUCGAUUACGUAGUCGAGCAGAGCAUCCAAAGCCAACAACACAAUCUCCUAGAUAGCGAAAUCAAAAGUUUUGAAAACAUAAGCUUUAAUAGCAAUAGUGACAAGCAUUCACAGAAUAGUCAAGUAGAUGAAGUAGCAACCAAUUCACCUAGCGUUAAUAGACAGCCAGUAGCCACAUCCGAAGUCGUAGUUCCAAAGGAAUCAAAAAUGCCCAAAACAGAUCUGGUAGACCACGAUGACCUGUUGGAGGCCAGCAAUAGGACCGAGUCCCAGCUGGAAAUCAACACGGCCGGGGUGACGUUCAAAGGUCGCGUGCUGCCCAAACUGCAACCGCUGGAUCAGACGCGGCCCAUUUAUCCCAAUGUGCCGUACAGUCCGUACAACAGCCCCUACGGCAGCCCGCGAAGUGGCCGCCGGCGGACGCCAUUGCGUGAAUCCAGGCGGGUUUCCAUCGAGCAGUCCGGAAGCUUUUUGCAGCUCAAUCAAUACAAACUGCUGGACCAGAUUGGUCAGGGCUCGUAUGGAUUGGUGAAGCUGGCUUACUCCGAGGAGGACUCGACGCAUUACGCAAUGAAAAUCCUAUCCAAGCGUAAACUACUUCGUAAAGCUGGACUCAUGCGACGAGGACCAAAACGGGGAACAUCUCCACUGGACCGAGUGUACCGCGAAAUCGCAGUACUGAAGAAGCUGGACCACCCCAACGUGGUAAAACUAGUCGAGGUGCUGGACGAUCCACUAGAGGAUUCCCUGUAUCUCGUUUUCGAGCUGGUGCAGCAUGGAGAAAUUCUCAGCAUACCGACUGACUGUCCGCUUAGUGACGAACGUGCCUGGAAUGUUUUUCGGGAUGUUAUCUUGGGCGUCGAAUAUCUCCAUUACCAGCGGAUCAUUCACGGAGAUCUGAAGCCGGCAAAUCUGCUGAUGUCGGACUCGGGCAGUGUGAAAGUAGCCGACCUGGGUGUUUGUAACGAGUUCCUUGGGGAAGACGCCGCAAUGAACAAUGGCUCAACGGCUGGCACGCCGGCUUUCCGGGCACCUGAAACGCUACUACCUGGGCAGCAUGUCUACAAUGGCAAGGCAGCCGACAUUUGGGCGCUUGGUGCCACCCUCUAUUCGCUAGUCCAUGGCAAUGUUCCUUUUAUAGCUACUUCGGUUCCUGGUGUGUAUGAGAAGAUUAAAAAUGAUCCCCUGCAGUUUCCUCCUACGAGCACGAUAAGUCCAGAGCUACGAGAUCUGAUUGAAACCAUGCUGGAUAAAGACCCACAGUUGCGAAUCACGCUACCACAGAUCAAAGAUCACUGUUGGGUAACCAAAUUCGGUCGGUAUCAAUUGCCCAGCGAGGAAGAAAACUGUCGCCUUGUUCAGAUCAAUGAUGAAGACAUGACAACCGUUGUGAAGAGCAUCCCAAAGCUAGAUACGCUAAUACUGAUAAAAACUAUGCUCAAAAAGCACUCGUUCCUAAAUCCAUUCACAAGAGGCAUUUCUGGCCGUACGCCUCUAUUGGGAGGUUCCCGAAUAGAGCGGUUCAGCCGGUCUGGGAGAUCUAACUCCGCUCCUGGAGACUACCACACAUCAGAAAGACAACCCUCCAACGAAUCACUUUUGCCCUCGGUAACGGAAGGCGUUUCCAGCCCAGGAGAAAGUCCUGAACAGUUGUCACCACACAAAGUACCCAGCAUAGUGUCAACUCCGUCGCAGGAUUCUUCCAAUACCGCAACGGCGACAGAGCCCGAUAUCGUCGAAGAGCCGGAGAGCACAGACCACAUGAAUUUGCCAAAUCGUGCAUACUUAGAAGUUCUGCUCUAAUUCGAUGCUAGUGAUUCCUGAUUUUAGAUUAGUGUCCAAAGAUUUUUAACACUCUCAAACCGAAAGCAAUUGGUGAGACAAGCUACGUGUAACUUAGCUAUGCUCAUUCAUCACUAUUGUUUUUCAAAAAAUUCUUAUUAACAUUAAAUAGAUCCGUCUCGCAAUUACAGCAAGUAGCCCGUAAGAAGUGUCGUUCAACGUUGUUACUUUUUAUAUUUGUUAGAUUUUACUUGUACUUAUUGUGCAUACGGAAUUUUGACGGUUUUUUGCAUUUAGCAGUGGACAAAAGAAAUGAAUAACAAACAUUAUAUGAAUAGCUUUGAAUAUUUCUAAUGUUGUCGAUACUAAAAGGAAGGAUUAGAAGCAGUGUAUAUAUUUACAAUAUUUGACCUUUUUAUCACGUAGUUCAACUAUUAAAGAUGUUUUUAAAAGUCAACUAAUAUUUGAAUACAUGCAUAAUUCUUGACCAAAAAUGAAUGUUUAACUACUUAAGAGUUGGAUAUUACUUAAAGCUCCGCAGUAAUGAGCUCUAAGUCAUAGAUUCAGAAAUUUCACGCUUUAAACAUUAAUAUUUAAUAUUGACUUUGGAAUGAAAAUUUUAACAACAGUAAACAAUCCAUAUUGUGAAUAUCACAACUUGCCAGGACUGUUUGAAGUUUUAUCAGAACUGAAUAAAAAUAUUGCCCUAUAUUUUACAUAAUUCUAACACUGGCAAGUUGUGAUAUAGUGUCUUGUUUGGCUAAUCUUUCCCUUUGAUUCUUAUGAACCUAAUAAAUUGAGCUAGCAACUAUAUUCAAUGUAAACAAAAGACAAUUAUCCGAUUUUAGCCAAUUGAGAAAGAACUGUUAAAUAUAGAAAACAGGAAGAAACGCUAGAGGAUAAAGCCCAUGAUGAUAGAUUUCCAACCACUUAAGCUUUAAUAUGAUACCUACAUAGUGCUAUAGUGCAUCGUAGCGAACUGACAAACGAGAACCGUUGAGUUUCGUCACCAUUAGUGGCAAUCAUACAUCGGGACCAUUCAGUUGUUUAACACGUUCCUAUAAGGCAACACAUACGUACACGUAUGCACUAAACGCCUUCUGUCUCUAAUCAAUGUAUUUACACUUUCUCACACUCACACGCAUAUUUAUAAAAUGUCUACAUGGAUCUACUACAAAAACACUAUCAUAACAAUUUAGCAUGGAUCAUUUUGUCGGGUACAACUAUACAAAUAUACACAUUUGAUUAUCUAGUGAAAAAAAAAACUUUGUGAAGAGCAAUCCCAUUCCCGGCAUCGAAUUCUAUCACAUUUUUAAAAAGUAGUGAUGUUCUAUCAGAGAUGUCCUACACAGUUUGCUCUUUUAUUUUUCCCAAUUUUUAACAAUCUAAUAAAACUUAUGCAGUGAGUGCAACCAGUAGAUGUUUAUUUGAGUUUUCUAAGUGUUACUUCGAUCUGUCAAAAUAAUACACGCCGGAACUAAGCGAGCGCGCGCACAGCAAUUUGUAUUUACUGUGCGCACGCCCCCGUGUUGUGAGAUUUUGUAGCAUGCCUUUAAUCCUUCGCGUUUCUGUAGAGAAUGAGAGGAGCAGAUACGAAAACAUUACGUGGUAUCUCUCAUUGAAAUUGAUAAACUGCAGUACUGCUCAUGAGCAUGAGUAUUAUGACCGUAGAAUUCGUAGUUGCUAUUCUGUGAUUGACUAGAACUUGUGAAAUUGUACAGAGAACCUAAUGAAUGGGGCUUUUGGGGUUAGCUAUUUCUUCUCGAUGUACAUAUUUCUGAAGCUUUUCAGUCAAUAACAGCGCAAGCCACGUCAUUACGGUCAUACAUGAAUCACCUGCAUCUCAAUUGUCUUGGGAAAGGGUAAUGUGUAAAAAAGGAUAUUUCAAAUCGCGUGCCAAACCAAACCACUAUUAAUUAACUUACUGACCCCACAAAGCAGAGCAAAAUAUUUCGGAUAAUAAUGUGACCGUUCUGCGUACUGUUAAACACAAUAAAACGCGCUAUAACUAAUUUACUUUCCGACCGCACUAAGCAGAACAAAUUAUUUCGAAGAUGGCGCAAUCGUUCUGUAUGCUGUUCAGAGCACAAUAAAAUUCGCUUUCUGUUAUACGAAACAUGAUCGAUUGCGUACUAAUAAUUUGCCACAGCAGCCGCACAAAGUAGAGCAAAUUCACCAGAAGAAAAUGUUUCGUGUCCUAAACGAACACGACUGAUCGUGCAUUGAUUAAUUUGCUCAUUAAACGCACAAAACAGAACAAACCCAAUCGGAUGUCAAACAUGUUCCGCGUCCAGUUUUGAGAAAAGUACAGUAAAACUGAAUAUUGACACCGAACAAACUGAGACAGUUUAUUAAAAAUAAAAUGUAAACGACAUUUUGACAUUUUUUCUUCAUCGAUAAACUGUUUGUUUGCUGCUGCGUGAGAGUCUCGUGCCAUGUUAGUAUUGAACUUAAUUUCUAAAUUUAAAAAACAUUAAAAAUUAAGAAAAAAAUAAAAGUUAUACGUUGUGAAUUUUUUUUACAUAAACAUUAAUUGUGGGAAGAGAAUAUAGCCGUAAUCCGUAAUUUUUUUCUUUAACUGCAUGGCAGGAUGGAUGGUAGAAGGAAAUGUUCAACCAUUCCCGUCCGCGUCUUGAACGGAACAAGAUGGAUCGCGCAAUUAUGAAUUUGCUCACCACGCGCACAAAACACAACAAAAUCAUUCGGAUCUCGAUAAUCAUGUUUCGCGUCCUAAACGAAACACAAUUAAUCGCGCACUGAAUACUCUGCUCAAUAACCGCACAAAACAGAACAAAAUCACCCGGAUCCCGAACAUGUUUCGUGUCCCAAACGAAAUACAAUUGAUCGCGCACUCGAUUUCAUAAAUCGUAAAACUGACAGACAAAACUAGAACUCCUGAAAAGUCGUUUGGUUCCCGAAAAUCUCAUGGAAGCAAAACUCCUGUUAGCUGGCUAGUCUUAGGAACAAUGUACCGUGCGUCCGCAAUUGCCGCUUCAAUUAUGCACUGUGUGCAAGCUGUAAAUGCCAAGCAAAAAAAAACAAAUUUACAAUUAUUGUAUAAAAUAUUGGCAUAUACAAUUCGACAAGGUUGUAAUACAAUGAAUGUAAUAUUUUUAUACAGUUUCUAUAUUAAAAUAAUACAAGCGUGUAAGAUUUCAAUACAAUGGUUGUAUUAAAAUCUUCAGAAAUUGUAUAUGCUAAAAUUGUAUACAGUUUCUGUAAGGUCAUUAUGCAGAACUGUACUGAAAUCUGCCAUCCGCUGGUUGGGACAUUAAUGUUACAAGGGCGUUCUCCCACGAUUGAUGUAUCAUCCAAAUGUGGAAAAUCUUAAUUUGUCAUAUACUCCUAUCUAUAAAUUUGAAGAUUUUACCCAAUCUACAUAAUUUGUUCCGUCUUUCUUAAUCGCCGAUCGUCGAUGGUCGCUUCAAUAUCGACUCAUGGAGGUUUGACUUAAUAAGCUCUUAUAUCCUUGAAAAAUGCUUUUUGUUUCGACUCAGCCCAAAUAAUUGGCAAGCGAUCUUUUUGAAUAACUAUGUAUUUCGCAUGAACCACGUGCUGAGCAACCUCCACCGCUCGCAGAGAGAGGAUUCGUCUAUCCCCCUGACAUGGCAUGCUGUCCCUGCUAUUAUCACCCUUUGUUUUUGUAAAUGAACGGUAUGGGUUCAUGAUAUUGAAUCCAGAAACAGUAAUCCUACAUUAUAUUAUAAAAAAAAAGAAAGUAUUUUCCCAUAUACAGUAUACCCCCGCUAAUCCGACAAAUGUAUGGUUCAACUGUUAAUCUGACAGUCAAAGCCAUACAAAUGAACCAAAACAAACUCACAGCACAAAUUUGAAAACUGACAUAAUGUGUUUAAAAGGGUGUUGAUACUGGGAAUUAUCGACGAUGAGCGGGGGAAUACUGUAUCGACAAAAUGAUCCAUGAACUUCAACUUAACAGAAAAAUACAAGUAAAAGUUCACUCUUCAGUCACUUUGCUAUAGUCUGGCGGAUAACAGCAGUGUACUGCCGAUUCUGAAAUCCAAUCUGAAAAUGAAAUAUUCUUCACACGUGUAUACAAAUUAAAAUAUACGUAAUAAGUGCAACAAAUAUUAAUAUUCUUGUUAGCAUUUUUUAAGGAUAAACAAACCCAAGGACAGGACAAUUAGCAGCGAAGGCCGUGUUUAUUUGCUGCAAAGUCAAAUGGUUUUGAUUCCAUCAAACUAUAGUGAAGUAACUAAAUGCAGUUUACUUAACGCCGAAAUAUAUCAUUCCAGCCCAUAUAUACAGACUCAAAAUACAACGAGGAAAGAGUAGAAAAUGUUUACCAUUAUGUAGAAAAAAUCAUCCAAAACUAAUAAAUCAAUUUUGGAAUGUUUGUAUUUCUGUUAUACAGUGUAUAUAAAACACCAUUAAGAAAACACUUAGAAGCUUUAAUUAGUCAGCAUGAUUAUACCCCCUUCAAUCACGAGUUUCGGUAGGUAUGAGCAAGAUAAAAAAAAUUAAGGGAAACAAAUUAGGGCCAAUCAUUUCAGUCAAAAAAUAUCAAGCAUAUCAACCAGAAUGUUACAUUCGAAUAUCUUUACAGAGAUUUAGGAGAAAAAAAUCGGGUUUAAAAUCGAACAAUAUGGUGCAAAAAUAAAAAUAUUUUAUUUGAGUCCAUGAGUACUAAUUCCAAAUAUUUAGAACCAAUUAUUUCUCGUAAAGAGCUUAUCCAUGAUCCAUGGUCAUGUAACAAUUGCCCCAUACUCUAUUUGCAUACUUACGAUUGUUAUCUCUACUGAACACUUUUAAAAUGUACACAAAUAAUCUUUAAUGUUUUCUCUUCAAGUCGUAGACAUAUUUCUAUGUUCAAAGUAUAUUAGAUGCGAAAAAGGCGGUAGUAAAGAACAGACCGUUUUUCGAUUUGAAGCAUUUGAAGAGAUUAAUACAAUUCGAAGAAAGAACCUGGAUUCCAAAUUGUUCACAUAUUUACAAAUCAAGAAGACGAGCUCGCAGUUUACCAUUUAAACUCACACUCUGUUAAACUCGACGUAGAUUUUGACCUCAAUUCUAGAGUUUGACUUCAAUUGAAUGUUAUGAUUAUUUUUUCUUCCACAUGAGAACAUUUUGGCAAACCUAGCAAGUAUGAAACAUCACUAUUUUUUUUAACUAUGAAUCUCAUUCGCGAUUAAUCGGUAAUUGCUGGAAAUGUCGCAAAAAAGUUGCUUGUAGAAGCGCAGAGUAAAGAAGUCAUGUUCCACACGCAGUUCAACAGAUAAGAAUGAGUUUACUCCAUAAAAAUCAAAAUAAUCACCAACCAUCAUAGUCGCAAUUAAUGUUUCUGAAGCUUGCGAAACCUUCGUUUUACUUCCAUGCAAUCAAAUAAAGUAAUAUUUAGAUUUUGCCGGCCAAAACAACACAACAACAUUGUUGGUACCAUUUAAAUUACAUACGUACCUACUAUUUGAUUUUUUUUUUGGUAAAAAUAAUGUUUGCCGUAGGUGCCCUCACACAAUGCUCCAUCAGAUUGUUCUCUCUACUGACCGAUUUGUCUGAAAUUGUGUCCAUAUCAUCAGAGCAUCAAUAAGUGGGCGGUCCAUAUUUUUUCCAUUCUAAUUUGAGCCACCCUAAUGUAAGGUGGAUUACUGCUAGGGUUUUAGUACCGGGAGUACCGGUACCGGAAUUCCCGGGAAUACCGCCCAAUUUUCGGUACCGAAAUACCGGUACUGGCUUAAUGAAAGUACCGGUAUUUUCGGUACUAAGGAAAAAGUUUUGGUUAAAACUUCCGAUGGUUAAAACCUCAUUUUUGAAUGCAGCAGCUAGUAAGAAAGAUAUAAUUUUUUUUUCUAAAAUUUCAAACACCUGACAAUAGAGGUAAUAAACUAUAGAGGACGAUUGUCGCUGCGGUUCUUUUUGUUAUCGUCCCCAAACAUGUUGGCUACCUAUCUGUCAAAACGUACUAAUUAUUCCUUCGUUGACAUUUAGUGCCCUAUCCUUACCAGCAAAAGAUGUUUCGCCAGUGACGACAGCGACAAUCAGUUAGGACAAACGUCAGGCGUCCGAUGACGUACCUCAAGACAAUCAAACCGCAACGACAUCGUCACAUCCAAAAAAAUCGUCACACUUCAUCAGUAUUUUUUCCAUUCGUCCCCGCUUGAGGCAAGAGUGUUCCUGUAAGUUCGAUUACUGCACCAGGAUUCGUAAAGAUUGUAAGACAAAAGUUAACUUACAACGACUCAGAAAAAACUGAAAGGAAAAUACUUGUUAAUGCUUCAUGAUUCAAUAGCAACAGUUCGCCCUACUUCUGUAGAAAAGAUAUUUUAGUUACUAGAUAAAGAUUGUCGCUGUCGUCGCUGUCCGAAACAUCUUUUGCUGGCGAGGAUAGGGGAGCUAAAUGUCAAAGAAGGAAAAUCCAUACGAUUUGACAGGUAUGUACCACACAUGUUUCGGACAGCAGAACAAAGGAAACAGUAGCGACAAUCUUUAUCUAGUAACUAAAAUAUCUUUUUUCUGUAGACUCAGAGAGAGCUUUCUCUGUUUCUGGAAGCUUCGCUACUAAAAUACGAUCCCUUAUGUCUGACGAAACAUUGCAUAUGCUGUGCGUUUUGAAAGCAUAUUUCAAGGAAAAGGACAAGCUCCAAGACAAGUGUUGAAUACAUACAAAGCAGUGAAUAAAGUUUGAAUCGUUACCAUUUAAUUCUGUAUUUUUAUUGAUUUUAAUGAUUUUCGAAAAAAAAUCUUCCAGUAUCGGUAUUUUCCCGGUGCUCCCGGUACUGAUGGGUUCAGUACCGUAGUACCGGGACUCACCAAAAAGGGUCAGUACUAAAAACCCUAAUUACUGCUUGUAUUACAGCUAUAAUACUUAUCUUCUCUAGAUUCAAAACAGUGAAUUCAAUGAACUUUUAUCAAAUAGAUAGCUGUAAAUCGUAUUUGACCUUCAAAUUUGAAACGGUACUACCGUACUUGUACUCAGAGGUUCCCAAACUGUGGGUCGCGACCCCCAGCGGGGUCGUGGGCUGUUCAGUGGUGGGUCACGAAAGAAAAAUCUUAAUUCAUGACUUUGUUAUUCUUUUGUCCCACAAAUCUAUUCCAUAUUUUGAAUAAGGAUCUAACUAAUGAUGGGAUGAUUAAAGAACAACAAACCUGACGAGGUCAACGGCUUUUUUUGGUUAUACGAUAUUUGGCAAGUAGAAAGAAGUCCUAUACAAUCCAAAUGUAAGCCCCGAACCCAAUCCAAAACCAAUCCUAAUCCAAUUCGUAUCCGAUCUAUCGAAUCCAAAUCUAUUUAAAAUCUAGUGAUGAACUUUAUUUAUUAUUUAAAAAUCACUUUAAUAAAGAAAUAAAAAAAAAUUCAAAUCUAAUCCAAAUCUAUUUCAAAUCCAAUCCAACUCUAAUUCAAAUCCAAUCCUAAUCAAAUUGAAAUCCAACUCAAAUCCAAUCUGAAUAAAUUUCAAAUCCAAUCCAAAUCCAACCCAAAUUCAGUUCAAAUUGCAUUCAAAUCCAAUUAAAAAAAUUGACGAAUUUUUGACAAAUACAAUGAUGGGAUAUAGGGGGAAAGACGGCUUUGGCAGGUUUUGUUCUAUUAUUGGCAGGGGGGUUUUUGUCGACCAAAUUUUAUGAAAUUUGGCCACAAUAUUCUUUGAUAUGCAAAGAAUGUUUAGGCCAAAUUUGAGUCUAGUCAGUCAUAAAAAACCCCCUUGCCAAUAAUAGAAUAAAACCUGCCAAAGCCGUCAUUCCCCCUAAAGCAAUUUAUUAUAAUUUGUCCAAUCGAACGCGAACUCAUUUUUAUCUAAUUUCACAAAAUCAAUGCAUUUGGUACCUGGUGGGUCGCAAGCAAUAUGGGAUUCUGCUAGGUGGGUCGCAUAUCCAAAAGUUUGGGAACCUCUACUAUUCUAUUCAGCCUAUUCGUUGCUAUACUCCUAUAGAAUGAAAUCUAAGUUUUCCGUGGGCCAAAUUCCCGAGUUGCAAGGCUGGCAAGAUCUGUAAAUAAGACUUUCAAUAUGCCCUACUAAAUGCGAAUAUUAUUUUGAGAGGGUUUCAAUCGCCAUAUGAGAAACAUGAAGGGGUUAUCCUCGAAACAAACGUGAAAAACAUAAUGGAAAUAAAUUGAAAUGUGAUUCAACCAAUGAGUUAAGAAUAGAAUGUAACAUAAAUUUCGAAUAAUUGUUAUUAUGUUAAAGAUUAAUACUUUCUCGUGGACAAUAUUUUUCUAAUUACAUUGAUAGUUGUUUGAAUGUGCUAGCAGCUAAGGUACGGUAUAAUUGCGAAACAUGCAAAGCACCCAUCGUAUGCAGUAUAGGUCCAUUCCUUUUUCAGUAAUAAAUAGCACAACGUUUUUUCUAAUGCAAUUUUUACUCAAAUCAAAUCUAUUAAUAAAGUUUUACCAAUUUUAUUUAAUCGGGUUUUCA